GGGGCCCCCGCAGAUCUCCAGAACGUUCCCUCCCCACUGCAUACGCACAUAUACACAAUGAGAGCCACCUACCCAAGAAUGAACUCUGCGAAGAACGCAUCCCUCUUCAAGGUCCCACCUGAGUUAUACCCAUUGUACGCCGCAUGUUUCGUGGUUUGUUGCUCCGCAACCUACUUCAGUUUCAAGAAGUUGACCACCGACAGAACCUUGAAGCUGGGCAGAGAAAUCCCACAGUUCGACGACAAGUUGGAAGAAGCCUUGGCCAAGAAGGAAUAGAUGAGCUAUUUUCGAUCCCCCAUUGGACACUACUACUAUUAUUCUAUCCUUUUACUUGCCACUUUUUGGACUUCUUUCUUCUUCU